UUGCCGUGGUUGCAGGCCCGGCCCGCCCGCUUGCUCGUUGACAGCGAGACUUACAGCGGAGGGAAGUGGGUCCGUUGGUCUGCCGGGAACGAGGCUCCGGCGGCCCGGCCCACGCGGAGACGUUGCCAUGGCAGCCGCCGCCGGGGGCGCGGACGAGGAGCCGCGCUCGGGCCGCUCGAGCUCGGACGGCGAGUGCGCGGUGGCGCCUGAGCGGCUGACGGAAACAGAGGGCCUCUUUUCCUUCGCCGAUUUCGGGUCCGCGUUGAGUAGCGCCGCAGGGCUGCCGGGCCGGGAGUCCAGAGGGGCCCAGUCCCCGCUGCGCUACCUCCACGUCCUGUGGCAGCAGGACCCCGAGCCGCGCGACGAGCUGCGCUGCAAGAUCCCCGCCGGGCGGCUCAGGCGCGCGGCCAGGCCCCACCGCCGGCUCGGGCCCACGGGCAAGGAAGUGCACGCUCUGAAGAGGCUGAGGGACUCGGCCAAUGCCAAUGACGUAGAAACAGUGCAGCAGCUGCUGGACGAUGGUGUGGACCCCUGUGCAGCGGACGACAAGGGCCGCACCGCUCUCCACUUUGCCUCCUGCAAUGGCAAUGACCAGAUCGUGCAGCUGCUUCUGGACCACGGAGCCGACCCCAAUCAACGCGACGGGCUGGGGAACACACCACUGCACCUGGCGGCCUGCACCAACCAUGUCCCUGUCAUCACCACACUGCUUCGAGGAGGGGCCCGUGUGGACGCCCUGGACCGAGCAGGCCGCACACCCCUGCACCUGGCCAAGUCCAAGCUGAACAUCCUGCAGGAGGGCCACUCCCAGUGCCUGGAGGCUGUGCGGCUGGAGGUGAAGCAGAUCAUCCAUAUGCUACGGGAGUACCUGGAGCGCCUAGGGCGGCACGAGCAGCGUGAGCGGCUGGAUGACCUCUGUACCCGCCUUCAGAUGACCAGCACCAAGGAGCAGGUGGAUGAAGUGACCGACCUGCUGGCCAGCUUCACCUCGCUCAGCUUGCAGAUGCAGAACAUGGAGAAGAGGUAGCCGGAAGCCUCCCUGCCUUCCUGCCUGGCCAGCGCCCCACCUGUGUUCCUCAUCACAAAGGAAAAGCCCAUGUCUGGGACUUUGGGGGACAUUUUCCCGAUUGCUAGGGAGCAGAGAUGUAUUCUCCAUGACCAUGGAGUCGCCCCCAGACACUGUCUCUGUCAUUUCUGUGGGCCCAGAGGGACGUGGGUGGCCUCUGCAGCCGCACCCCAGCUGUGGCCCACAGGUUCCACUCAUAUGUGGCCUCCCUCGCAGGCCCAGGCCUUCUCUGGCUUCCUCUUGGCCGUGAGCUGGUUGCCAUGAACUGGCUUAGGAUGGGCACCCUCAGCCCAGGGCAGUGCGGACCUCUUGCCUGGCCUGCAAUUCUCACCAGCAUGUAGAUUUAGGCCCAUCAUGGUGACGCUUCAGUGAGUUUCACUGGUUAGGAGGAGAGGCAUGGGGACACUCAGACCUUACCAGGGUUAAGAAGGACCCUGCGGAGGCUGAGGCAGGAAGUCCCAGCCCUUUCCUCCCAGCUGCAGGAGCACCAGGAGGUGGGGCCUCUUGCAGCUUUGACUGCCAUGGGCUGAUAGCUGCCCACAUGUGCCAGUCCUCGUCCAGGACCUGUGACCCUUGGCUCAUCUGACAGAAGCUCAUGGAUAGAACAGGAUUCUGGGGCACACGAUCCCAAAUUACCUAGAUGGACCAGAUGUCAUGACAGAUUUUUGUAAGAGAGAAGCUGAGGGUGAGAGCAAGUAUGAGGCACGGGUGGAAGCUGCAUGCUGGCAGGGAAGGCACAGACAGUUGUGGAGGAGGUCCUGGGCAGCUGCCCUCCACAUGCCAGGGGCAAGGAGAGGGCUUUGCUGAAAGUCAGGAGGCACGGACACUGACGACGAUGCAGACGUGCGCUCAGUGAGACCAAUUUCAGCUCCAAGCCUCUAGAACUGUUCGAAUAAAUCUAUUGUGCAGCCA